AUGUUUUAUAGGUUAUUAAUUCAUGUGACGCAGUUCUGGCCGCCUGCACCGACCUUUACCGAGAAAGAUGUCAACUCCCAGGCCGGUCUGGUGUUCAUCGUCACGGGUGGUAACCAGGGUGUUGGACUCGAGCUCAUCAAGAUGCUCUACCCAUCUGGUGCAAUGAUCUACAUGGCGAGCCGUUCCAGAUCCCGCGCCGAAGAAGCUAUCACGACACCGCGUCUCAAGUUCCUUCAUCUUGACGUCGAUGACUUGAAUAUCGUCCGCAGCGCCGCUAAAACGUUUUCGGAGCAGGAGUCACGCCUUGAAAUCCUAUGGAACAAUGCCAGUGUUGGUGCUGUGCCGGUAGGCUCGAAGACUAAGCAGGGCAUUGAGGCACACAUGGGAAUCAAUAAUUCAGUUCGCAUUGUUUGGUCCAGCUCCUGGUUGAUGGAAGCGAGAUCUCCUAAAGGCGGCUACAAGCUGAAGGGCAUAGAGAAAGGGGGUACCAAUGACGCACAUGUCAACUACGCAACUUCCAAGGCAGUCAACUGGAUUUUGGCCGACGAGACGGCAAAGCGCGCUAUGGCAAGGAUGGCAUCCUCAGCAUUGAUGAUGUUCUUCGUCCGAAAUCUCAUCCUUCACCCGCCUAAGCUGAGAGGGUAUACCGAACUAUAUGCCGGCUUGAGCCCAGAGAUUACGGAGAAGAUACCAGGUGCGUCCAUCAUUCCGUGGGAGAGAAUCCAGACACGGAAUCCGAGGAAGGAUAUUCACCAGGCAAUUGAGAAUGGAAAGGGUAGAGAGUUGUGA